GCAAAAAUGUGUAGCUAGAAGAUGUGUAUAAUAUCUCUAUUAGAAAAAAAAAGAUUUUCAAAUAUGUAUUCAGCGCUUUAAUAACGUGCUGUUAACGUUAGAAAACUAACAAUUGACCCUAAAACCGAGGUAAAGGACAGAAGGAGGUUCUUUGAAAGUGUGACACGUUUCGGAAUGGAACGUGUCCAAAGGGAUUCUGGCCGCUCUUCUAAUCACGACACCGCAACAAGGAAAAAGUGGAAAAGAGAGCAGGACCUGGUCUAAUUCGAGUUUAAACGGCACAUCAGACGAGUUCAAGGGAAGUGAGGUCCAAACUGUGCUUCUCCACUGCUUACUUCACUUCAUAUUUGACCAGCGGCUGCCGCAGGCUCCCACGGACCCCAUGGUUUCUGCUCCUCUGAACAGAUGUGUGUGUGGAAGCGCCUCAACUGAGCAGCAAUGACUAGACGAGCGUAGGCUGCGUGGCUCGCUAAAACAGUCUCAGAGUUUCUAUUGUCUACAACCCACCAGUCCACAAGAUGGGGCAUCCUCCUCUGGAGUUUAGUGACUGCUAUCUGGACAGUCCGGAGUUCAGAGAGACUCUCAAGUGUUAUGAAAUAGAGCUGGAGAGGACAAGCAAAUUUCUCAAAGAGUUGAUAAAAGAUGGCAACAGUGUCAUCAAUGCAAUCAACGGCUAUUCUGUGGCAGUGCAGAAGUUUUCUCAGACCCUCAGCAUGUUCCAGUUUGACUUCAUCGGUGACUCCCUGACAGAUGAUGAGAUUAACAUUGCUGAGUCCUUCCAGGAGUUUGCUGGUCUCUUACAGGAAGUGGAGCACGACAGGAUGAUGCUGGUUCAGAACGCCUCCGACCUUCUUAUCAAGCCGUUGGAGAAGUUCAGAAAAGAGCAAAUAGGAGUAACAAAAGAAAAGAGAAAGAAGUUCGAGAAAGAGAGUGAAAAAUAUUACUCCCAGUUAGACAAACACCUGAAUCUUUCUGCCAAGAAGAAAGAGAGUCAUCUCCAAGAGGCUGAUGAACUCUUAGACAAAGAGCAAGUGAACUUCUAUGAGUCAUCAGUGGAGUAUGUGUACCAGAUCCAUCAGGUGCAGGACAGGAAGAAGUUUGAUGUAGUGGAGCCUGUGCUGGCAUUUCUUCACAGUAUUUUAACGCUCAACAACCUGACAGUGGAGAUGACUCAGGACUUCAUGCCUUAUAAGCAGGAACUGCAGCUCAGCUUGCAGAAUACAAGAAACCACUAUGAGAGCACUCGUGAGGAGAUGGAGGAACUGAUGAAAAGAAUGAAACACCCAUCCCAGAUCAGUAAAAUGCACAAUAUUCUGCCAACAGAGGGUUAUUUGUACUGUCAGGAGAAGUGGGCUUUGGGUGUGUCAUGGGUCAAAUAUUAUUGCAAGUAUCACAAGGAGGGGAGACUGCUGGUCAUGGUACCUUGUGAACAGAGGCCUACAACUAAACAGGGCCCAACGCAGCUGACGCUGAAGUCCUGCAUCCGCCGGAAGACGGACUCCAUAGACAAGCGCUUUUGCUUUGACGUGGAAACUAACGAGAGAAACACACCUGUUACUUUCCAGGCUCUUUCAGAGGGGGACAGGAAGUUGUGGAUGGAGGCCAUGGAUGGAAAAGAGCCUAUCUAUCAUUCCCCAAUUCACAAGCAAGCUGAAAUGGAACUGAAUGAAAUUGGAUUCAAGUUUGUGCGAAAGUGCAUCAACUUUGUUGAAACAAAAGGAGUGACACAAGAAGGAGUGUAUAGAACAGUUGGCAGCAACAUCCAAGUGCAAAAGCUUUUAAAUGCCUUCUUUGACCCCUCACACCCAGGAGACGUCGACCUCCACAGCAGUGACUGGGACAUUAAAACCAUCACAAGUGCAUUGAAGUUUUACUUAAGGAGUCUGUCUGAACCUCUGAUGACCUACAAUCUGCACAGGGACCUCAUGUGUGCUGCAAAGUCAGAUAAUCUGGACUUUCGACUAAGUGAAAUUCAUUCACUUACCUACAAGCUACCAGAGAAAAAUCGUGAGAUGCUGGAGAUGCUAAUUAAACACUUGGUUAGUGUGUGCAGUCGCAGUGACGAAAACCUCAUGACUCCUUCAAACAUGGCCGUUAUCUUUGGACCCACGCUGAUGAGAGCAAAGGAGGAGACUGUGGCGGCCAUGUUGGAUAUCAAGUUCCAAAACAUUGUUGUUGAGAUUCUGAUUGAGGACUACAAAAAGAUCUUCAGUAAUAUGCCAGAGGACAGCACCGCCCCGCCUAUCCCUCCUCCACGGAUCACCCCGAGAAAGCGGCAGCCCAUCACCAUUUCCAAACGGCCACCUCGUGUUUAUCAAGCGCUCAGUCACGACCACUUCCAGAAAGCAGAGAAUGGACCGGACAACAGCUCAAUAAUGGACGUGGAUGUCUCAUUGAACCCUGUUCCCCUGCAGCGGAUGAAAUCUGUAAGCUGUGCUCCACUGGUUGCAAAAGAACCUCCUCCAAGACAAGCACUGAUGCCCAAACCAGCAACCCGUCAGGACAGACCCUCAGACUCUAAUGUUGGGAAGAUGGACGACACAAGGCAAAAGGCUGAUUCCUCUUCAGUGGCAAACGGGGAAUCUGGAGUCUAUGUGAGCAGAGUACCAUCCUUUCAGAGCAGAAGACCGCCUCCGAAGGGCACAUCAGCCAACAAAGAAGGAGAUUCUGAUGGUCUGACCAGAACGAGGUCCACAGAGAAACCUGCCAUUUGCAGACCCCCAGUCAGGCCUCCUGAGCCCCCCUCCAGAUACCCCACUCCACAAAAGCCCCAAAAUGCAGCCAGCAGUGAGUGCACGCCCACAUCCUAUGUUGCCUCUAAAACAAAGUUUUUUGAGAAUGCCUCGAGGCAAGUUGGCAGUCCACCGACUUCUCCAGUACCAUCAUCAGGGACAAACGUAAAAAAAGAGAAUUGAAGUUAAGGAGACCUAGACCACAUCAUGUGACCUCUACGUGUGCUGUUUGCAGCACACUAAGAGUGGGGAGUCACCACUAAUGAACUCAGUUGAUGCUGAUGUUAAGUGAAAGACUAAAGAAAUGGUUCUCAAUAGAACUGAAUUUAAUGAUAAGAAUCAUGUCGUCAACACAGGAGCAUGAGCUUGUGAGAUAACUGGCUCGGUGUUUAUUAUUCCAAAGUUGGGAUGGAGUAAAAUCUUUUUUUUCUUUCCACACCAAUCAACACUUUUGUCAAAUGAUAUUAUAAUAUUUAGUCAUUUUAAAGUUCAAUGGUUUGAAUGACUCUGGGCAAUGGACAUGUGCGAACUAACUUGGUUAUGACUUAUCUACAUUUUAACACUUGUUUUCAGGAGUGUGAAAUAGAUGUCCCAAAGAUCAAUCAGUUUCAUCAUUAUUAGUCUGAAAAUGUGACAUAUUAGUCUAAAUAUUAACUUUUAAAUGUUGUAGCCAUGUAAAGCCAUUGAGACAAAAACUAUUGUCUGCUAUUUUAGUGGAUCUGCUGAAAGAAAAGCAACUGCUAAAGAUUGUAUUUCAGUAUUUAAACAAACCAGCAUAAAAAAAAAGUUUCAAUAAAAAAAUUUCAAUUUGUUUCAAGGAACUGGAUAAAAUAAAUUCAUGUUAAGCUACAUCUUACAGUGCACUAAUUAUGUCUGUGAAAGCUAUUUCAGUUGGUCUUGAAUAAUUCAGUUGAGACAUAACUCACCACCACAACAUAAGACACUUUUUAAAAGGCAUUAAAAAGUAUUUGCUAUAAAAUGUGACUCUAUUAAAGUCAGUGUAGUUUGAAUUUACACUGAAUUUAAAGCUUGUUAGUUCAAUAGGGAAUUUUAAAAAACAGAUUCCCUCACUUCUUACCUCUUUUGUAGGUCAGGUUGUAUAGGAGAGUCCUUGAAGUUUACCUAAAUUUAUUGCACCUCAAAUUAAAUGUUGGGUUUAAAAAAGAGGUCAAAACUGUUUGUUACAAUAUGUGAAUAUAACACUCCAGAUUCUCCUGAUUUUUAUUAUUAUUUUUUAUUUUGUUCUUCUUGAAAUGGUAAUUAUGUUGGUUUUACACGUAUUUUUGCAUAACCCAACUUGAAGAUUCUGGUUUCUUUCUGGUUUUCAAAAAGGAAAAAUAAACACAAUGCGUUUUUAACUUGA